GGUCGGUCCUCCAGGAGCUGAAGCAGCAGUGGGGCGCGUUCACAGGCAGUGCGACGUGGUUACCUGGCAACGACUGUGGCACCUUCAAUGCCGUUACUUGCAAUACCGAUGGCGAUGUCACGGCAUUGGACCUGGGUUACAAAGGGCUCAUCGGCAGCAUACCCACCAGCAUUGGCACCCUCUCUCAGCUGAGCCUCCUGGUGCUGACGUGGAAUCAGCUCAAAGGACCCCUCCCAGCAUCCUUCGUCAACCUGACUGCUCUAAUUGAGAUGGAUGCUUCAUACAAUCAGCUCAAUGGCACAAUCCCUGCAAGCUACUCUAGACUCAGCAGCUUGUGGCGACUGCGGCUGUAUAACAAUCAACUCACCGGCUCCAUUCCAGGAGACGUGCUAUCAGCCAUGCUCAACCUCAGACAACUUCUGCUUUACAACAAUCAGUUAUCGGGCACCAUACCCAGCCAAAUCAGCGAUCUGCCACUUCUCACAGAAAUAAACGUGCGGAACAACCAGCUGACAGGACCGAUUCCCAGUGAAAUCAGCCGCAUGAAGCCGAUCCAGUCCCUGACCCUGGCUUACAACCAGCUCUCAGGCACCGCUCCUGAAUUGAGCAUGCUCACCAAUCUCAACACUCUAGCCCUUACCGGCAACCAGUUCUCAGGGACCAUUCCUUCGCAAUAUUCCGAGCUGAAAAACCUGCGCUACAUGUACCUCCACAAGAACUCCUUUUCUGGAUCUCUUCCCAGCGCUUUGUCUGCAUUGACAGGCCUUUCGGGAUUGCUUGUGGUCGACAACCAGCUGUCAGGCACCAUCUCUGUCUUGAGCACGCUCAGCAAUCUCUCCACUCUCGAUCUCUCCAGCAACAACUUCUCAGGGAGAAUUCCCUCGGGAUUCUCAAACCUAAAAAAGUUGCGCAACAUGUACCUUGACAGUAAUUCCUUUUCUGGGUCUAUUCCCGGUACCCUCUCUGCAAUGGCAAGCCUCGUGCAAGUAGACAUUUCCGACAACCUUUUCUCGGGGUCCCUUCCAAGUGGAAUAAAAGACCUCUUAUCCUUGCAAUUGCUACUGGCGGCUAGGUGUGGGAUUCAAGGCGAUCUUCCUGGAGAGAUCACUAAUCUCGGCCACCUCCUUUUGCUGGACCUGAGCGACAAUGAUAUAACAGGGCCACUACCAAGUUUCGGGAGCUUGACUAGCCUUCGAUACCUGGAUUUGAGAGGCAACGGCUUUACAGGAUCUAUACCGGCUCCAACUAACCUGAAAACUGCAUUGACGUAUCUCAACCUGGCAAGGAAUGCUCUCACGGGUUCGAUUCCUGAAACUAUUUCCAAUGUCGCGGGUGCAUUGACAAUUGAUUUUUCGGGCAACUCUCUCAUUGAUUCCAUUCCGGCGUCUAUGUUUGAACUCAAGCGAUUGCAAAAUAUAGUUCUCGGAUCCAACAAGUUAUCUGGGGAUCUCCCUUCCACCCUCACCCAGCUCACAGACCUUACAAAACUGGAUCUGAGUUCCAACCAGAUAUCAGGGUCACUGCCCACCAUCCUUAGUCUUGCCACUUUUCUUUCCCACCUUGACCUGAGCAACAAUCGUCUGCAUGGAACCAUCCCCACUCAGCUCACCGGCCUUGUCCGCCUCUCUCUCCUCAACCUGCGCAACAACCAGCUGACAGGCCCCGUACUGCAGCCCAUCCCAGCAAACCUCACAGUCUACGAUCUCGACAACAACUACCUCUCCUCAGGCUUCUCCUCCCCGCCCAACUGCUCCCAAGGCUCCAUCUCCUUCCGCUUCAACUGCCUCCAAACCCCCACCCAAAGCUAUUCCUGCCUCACGCCUGCCACACCCUCUGCUGCGGAUGCAGCGGUGCAGCGGCCGGAGGAGCUCUGCGAUGUGUUUUGCGGCGUGAGUGCUGCCGAUCCCCCGUGUGGCGGGCAUGGCUCGUGCUAUGUGGACGGGCCCAGCAGAGUGCCCACGUGUGAUUGCGAGUCUGGGUUUGUCAACGGGGAGUUGCCUGGAAGCUGCGUCCCCGAAGGAAGUCAGGAGGGCGGCCCAGUGAUCGUGCAGCCGACAGCAGCACAGACAGCAGUGAAGGGGAGGGCGGCAGUGGCAAGUAAUGGGCGCAUCACACUUACUGCCUCACAGCCCAUCACAUGGGGUGCAGCGUUCCUCCAACUGCCCAUCCCACUCUUCUCCUUCGCCCUCAAGGCCGGUGCCUGCGGUCGCCCCUUGGCCUUCACCAUCUAUUUCUCCUUCUCCAUUCUCAAACCAGCCAAAUCCCGCAAGGCAGCAGCAGCAACAGCAGCCACAGCAGCAGUUGACGCAGGCGAUGGGUUUGCGUUUGUGAUUGCCGCCACUGACGCUGCGACGGGCGGUAGCAGCGGCAGUAGUAAUGGCAGUGGUGGGGGCGGCAGUUUGGGGUAUGCAGGCAUGGAUGAGCGCAGCAUUGCAGUGGAGUUUGACACAGCCAGGAGCACCGAUGCCAACGACCCGGCCAAGAGCCACGUGGGAGUGAGUGUGAGGGGCAACACCUCUUCCAUCGCAACUGCCAAAGCGCCCUUCACUCUCAACGACGGCAAGUCAAAGCACGCCUGGAUCGUCUUUGAACCCUCUCCUUCUUCCUGUAGCUCCACCACUGGAGCCGGAGCUGGCUAUGGCAGCUGCAGCAGUGGCACGGGGUGGCUGCGAGUGUUUCUGUCGGCCAAGGGGUCCCCUCGGCCGGGCAAGGCGGUGCUGGCGAUGCAGGUGUCACUGUGCGAGUUCCUGCAGCCCAGUGCAGCCGAGGCGUCGUUCCUCAUGGGCUUCACUGCUUCCUCCUCUGACUCCCCGCAGCUCCACUCCAUCCUCACCUGGAACAUCACCACAGGUGGCCUAAUGUGGGUUUUUUUCCGGCAGAGGCCACACCCACCCCAGGAUCCGUGUAUUGACCUCAUCAGCAAGCCAUCGGGGGGGCCGUUCAGAGUUAACGGGUUUGAGCGGACGGCGUUCCACGGCUGGUUUGGGCUGCUGCUGGCCGUGCAGCGACAGCCCGUGGUGGUGCAUGUGCAGGCCACCGCCCCCUCCUUCCUCAACUACGAUGGGCUAUCCAAGUACGCGGACCCGUCGUGCUUCACGUACAACCUGAACCACGUGGUGCUGCUGGUGGGCUAUCGCCUCACCGGCUUAGACCCCACCUUCCCGCACAUGGCGCCGCCCUUCUGGAUCAUCCGCAACUCAUGGGGCCCGGAGUGGGGCGACGGCGGGCACAUGCGGAUGGACAUCCAGGGGGGCGACGGCGUGUGUGGGAUCAACACGCUGCCUGGGAUCUACCCGGUGGUGCGCGCUGCCAGGACCCCUGCAACGGCAGCGGUGCACAAUCCAUGUGCAGUGGGCACGUGUGUGAAUGAUGGCAAGGGGUCGUACUCGUGUGUGUGCCCUCCAGGCUUCAGGCAGGGCACCACUGUUGAUGGCACCUUCUCCUGUGCUCCAGGCGACUCCAGCAGCACAUACACAGUGGUGUCGUGGGGUGUCACGUGUGCCGACAUCCACCCCGUCUACGGCCUCACUCUCGCCCAGCUGCAAGCCCAGAACCCCGACCUGAGCUGCAGCACUCCUCUCGCUGUCGGUAUGGUGGUGAAUGUGGUCCAGCCAGCCGACCUCAUGCCCUGCUCCGUUUACUACACCACGUCCCAGGGCGACACAUGCGAGUCUCUAGCCACCUACUUCUCUCUCACCGCUGGCUGCCCCACUCCCACCGAGCCCUGCGCAGCGGCCUUCCAGGCGCUCAACCCCGGGCUGGACUGCUCCGGCAGCGGGGAGCUGGUGGGCAGCCAGGCGGUGUGUGUGGAGCGGCGGGCGGAGAGUGCAGCGGCGCUGCUCAUCCCGGUGUGCUCGCAGUUCUAUCUGGUGCAGGCCGGGGAGACGUGCGACCAGAUCCGCUCCGUGCCCUCCCCGCCGCUCUCCCCUCUCGAGUUCUUCCGCCUCAACCCCGGCAUCAAGUGCAGCCGCCUCGUGCCCAAGACUGACGUUGGCAGCCUUACAGGCUUCGAG